AUGGCCACCUGGAAUCAGCCCAUGCAGGAGCUGCUCCAAGAAGGCACCUGCUCCAUCUGCCUGGAGUUCUUCCAGGAGCCCGUGGUCAUCCCAGAGUGCGGCCACAACUUCUGCCAGAGCUGCCUGGCCCACAGCUGGGGGGAGGCGGCGGCGGAGGCUUCCUGCCCCCAGUGCAGACGGACCUUCGUGCCCCAGAACAUCCUCGUGAACAGGCAACUGGCACGAAUGGUGGACAUUGCCCAGCGAUGCAGCCCUUGGGGCGGGGAAGGAGGGGGCUUCUGUGGGACACACUGGGAACCCCUCAAGCUCUUCUGCAAGGACCAUGAGACCCUCAUCUGCAUGGUUUGCGUCCGAUCUCAAGAGCACAGGGACCACCGGGUGAUUCCCCUGGAGGAGGCUUUCCAGGAGUACCAGCUCAAGAUUGGGGAUUGCCUGAAGGCUCAGAAGGAGGAGAGGGAAAAAAUGGUUACUUGCAGAACAGACGCAGAACAAAAAGUGCGGGAGAUGCUUGACCUAAUCCAAAGAGAGAGAGGAAAGACAGUGGCUGAGUUCAGAGAACUACGAUGCUGGUUAGAAGAUCAGGAGAAGCUUCUGCUGGCCAGAAUGGAGGAGACGGAGAAGGAGGUUGUGGCCAGAAGGGACAAGGGUCUGGCCCAACACGUGGAGGAACUCUGCUCUCUUGAUGAACUCAUCCAGGAGAUGGAGCAGAAGCAUCAGCAGCCAGCAAGGGAACUCUUAGCGGACAUUGGAAGCACCUUGAAGAAGUACCAGGCAAAAAAGCCAUCUGAGAAUCCAGUGGCUUUUCCUCUAGAGAUGAAGUGGACAAUCUGGGAUUACAGAGAUAUCAGCAUCUUUCUGAAAGGCAUCAUGAAACAAUUCAGAGAUACGCUGGAAUUUGGACUUCAUCUGCAGGAAGCAAAGGUAAUUCUGGAUCCAGGCACAGCCCAUCCCUGCCUCGCCGUCUCGGAGGAUCGUAAAAGCGUCAGAUAUGUUGUUGAAAAACAAGACCUCCCCCAAAACCCUGAGAGAUUUGAACAUUGGUGUUAUGUCCUUGGAUGUCAGGGGUUCUCAAGAGGGAGACAUUUCUGGGAAGUCACUCUAGGAGAUGGGGAUCAGGGAUUGGCCGUAUGGGCUGUAGGGGUUGCCAAAAAGUCAGUGAACAGAAAGGGUGACAUCACUUCUGGUCCCGAGGGAGGGAUCUGGGAGAUUGUGAAAUACAAAACAAAAUAUGAGGCCUGUAUUCCCCCGGAAUACCCUGAACUGCACCAGACCAAGGAGCCCAAGAGGGUCCGAGUCUCUCUCAACUGCGAAGGGGGACAGGUGGCCUUUUUUGAUGCCCAGACUGCAGCUCUGCUCUACACGUUCUCUGAUGCUCCCUGGGCUGGAGAGAUCCUUCUGCCCUCCUUCUUUCCAAGCAAUGGUGCCUACCUGACACUCUCCUCCUAAAAGUGGGGACAUAUG